AUGCAGUGGGCCUGGUCAACUCCGCCCGAGAGUCAAAGCGUCAAGUCGACGCUUUUUGAGCUCACUUGGCUGCUGCUCAGCGGUGCCAGGGCGGGCCACGCGCAGUCCCGCGACCAACACAGAAACGCACACACACACACGCACGCACAAACGACGAGCAACACUUUCGACGCCUCACAAAGCACAGCAAUUCCGCCGCGCUCAGCAGCGUGGGCCACCCAACCCAACAACCUUUCUGAAAGCUCGCCAAACCAACACCUCGUCGCUUUCAUCGUCAUCCUCGUCAACCACCCACCACUUCGAAACAUCGACAUCGUGGCUCCCUUCCGCGACACGGGAAGCCUAUUGCAGUCCACCAGCGCUUCACCUGGUCAAGCAGGGCUGAGGACGUAG